AUCAUAAGGAGAGUGAUUAACAAGGGCUCUACAGCAAGAGCCUUUCAUAAUCUUUUGCAAUAUUCAUCUUCUUCUUGUUUUGUUUAUUCAAAACAUAAUCAAUGCCAAAGAAUAAGAAAACAGAAUGGCAAGUAGGAGAUCCUACAAUAAGCAUAGUUGGAGAUCAAUUCUGUAAUCCAUACCCAAUGGAUCUAAUGGUUAAGAGGAAAGUUCAAAGUUUCUCAAAAGAUAAUUACCAAGUGUUCGAUCCAAGCGGAAACCUCCUCCUACAAAUUGAUGGACAAGCUUGGGGGAUUAACCGUAAAAGGGUUAUGACUGAUCCAGCUGGUUUCACAAUCCUCACAAUGCGCCAAAAGGGAAUGACGCUGAAGAAUAAAUGGGAAGUGCAUGGAGGAGAGAGCAAAGAGAGAGAAGACUUGCUGUUCACGGUGCAUCAAUCUAUGGCAGUGUCAUUGAAAACAUCUGUGGAUGUUUUCUUGGCUGAGAACAAUAAUGUCAUGAACAGCAAUACUUGUGAUUUUCAUGCUUCAGGUGGAUACUCGAAUAUCUCAUUCAAAGUUUUCAAAUCAGAUGCUCUCAUCGCUGGGGUAGGGGUCACGCAUAAAUUUACUUGGGGAAGUUUCUGUAAAGGGAAAUGUAAUUUUAGGGUGAGAGUAAAUCCAGAGGUGGAUUAUGCUUUGAUCAUUGCUUUGCUUGUUAUGGUUGAUGACAAUGAGAAUUGAUGUUAGGGCAUCUUCAACAUGUUAUGUUUGGUUUCCUUCAUAAGUUAUUGGUGUGUAUAUGUAUUCACAUUUUUCAAGAUCUGAGAACUUUUUCAAUGUAAAAAUAUUAUUU